GUUCAACUCUGGGAAUCACUGAUCUCAGAUACCAAUCUCACUGUGGACUGAACCGUUCUCACUCGCCCUGUUGUUCCAUAUCGUCAAGAUGCCCUCAACAUUAGAAAAGGCUCGCAAGCACAUUGCGAAGAAGCGCAAUGGCCAUGACCUAGCCCUUCAUGAGUUUUCCAGAGACUCCAAGCGUCUUCACAAGGCCUCGAUCAGAGACCAAAGGCUGGGAAAGCUCCACGCCUCAAAGAACAAGAAGGAGCAGCCCAUGAUUGACCGUGCCUCCUUUUUCCAAAAGGCAAUUCAGGAGAAGGGAUCCGAACCUCUCGACUUGGCCGCCGUUCAGGAGCUCAUCAGCAAGUUUGUGCACCAGUAUGAUGAGGAGUACGCCGAGGUCAAGAAGACCCGCCGUGCCGGCCGCCCUGCAAGUGCCAAGGAAGACUUGCUGAAGCUGAGAAUCUCUAACCUUGAAGAAGAGUACAAGAUCGGAUUUUACCUUCCUGACCUCACAACAUCGUCUAACAUCAUCCAACUCGACCGCUGGGAGGGUUCAUGGGCUUACCUCACCAACCUCGCCUGGGUCAAGAUCACGAGUGACGGGAACGUCAGACCCUCCAGCUUCCCUCCCAGAGUUUAGUUUCUGGCAUCUUACAGCAUGAUCAUGGCGUUUUCUUUUUCGGCGUUUGGGGGAUUACACGAGGCCACGAGCCCGCUAGGCCUUGAAGCGGCAUCAUCGAUUUCACCGGGAGAAAGGAUGGGGAUCAACCGUCGGCUCCAAUUUCUGUAUCCGGCUCCUCGUACGGUGCCACUAUAGAACGACGGGUUGUUCGCGGGCAAUGUCUCAGACAGGCCAGGCACUGUAUCGGAAUUCUUGUUUGGCCAACAGACAAAUUUCUCCGGUUACAUACAGCAACCGUGCAUGUUGAGGUGCGAAAGGCCCAAUGCUCGGAUCACAGCAGACCACGCAUAGCCAAAUCACUGGCUCGUCAGCGUCUGAGCCAUGAUUCUCCUGUGCCGUUGCACAAAAGGGGAUUCGGCAAAGGGGGGCCAAACGUGGAGAGCAUGUGGCUGCAUGGGAAUCGCGCGUCAUACCGAUGGUCCUUCAGAGGGGGGUUGCGAAAGAGGCGGGUGGUAGAGACCGAAGCAGCGUCAUAUAAAG